GUUAUGGGCUCUGUCCUCAUGCCUGUGUUGAGUGACAGUUAUUGACCUCCAUGAUCUUCCUUCCUCCAUGUUUGAGUCACUGAGCACAGGUGGCCAUCAACUCCUGACUUUCCUAAGUAUAUUUUUAGGAAGCAAGAUACUAAGCCCAAGCAAUCAGCCAUGGAUUUGAACAGAAAGAAGGGAGUUUGGAUUUGCAGGGAGAGGGAGGUUAGAUAUCAAAGGACAUGACCUGGUAAUCACAGUUAUGGGACAGUAGAAAUAGAAACCAAGUCUAAAUGUCCUUUCUUUUUUAAAAAGCCAACAAUAAUCCCUCCCCCUUGGCUAAUACCAGGAAGAGAAGGGUUGAAAGGAGCUUGCAGAUCACAGGGGUAAGCCUCUUCCUGAGGUCCAGUGAAUGAUCGAUUCCACCUGGCCAGACCCUAAAAGCCCCCUCAAGGCUGAGUGAUCAGGAGGGACUGGGGGGUGGGGGGACAGUACCAGGCAGCCUCUGCUCCACAGCCCUGAGGGGGUGGGGAAGGCAAACCCUGGUCAUCCCUCUGUCUGUAGCCCUUUUGUGUAAGUGCCUGGCGGGGAUGACGUGAGGCUGUUCCUCAGAGCACAGCUGCAGGCAGCCAGGGAGGAGGUGGGGCCUGGGCUGCCCUGCCCCCCCAUAUCCUCCCACCAAGGCUUGUCCUGAGGUAGGGGACAUGUACCCUGAGGUCUCUGCUUGGCCUGACCCUGCUGCAAGGGCUGUCUGACCCCAGUAACAGUGGAAAUGGCAAGUUUAUUGAGCUCCCCUUUGCCCUGCUCUCUCCCCUCCCUCCUCCUCCUCCUUCAGCUGUCUUCCAGCUAUGCAGGACAGUUCAGAGUAAUAGGACCAGGGCAUCCCAUCCGGGCUCUGGUGGGGGAUGAAGUGGAAUUGCCAUGCCGCAUAUCUCCUGGAAAGAACGCCACGGGCAUGGAGGUGGGAUGGUAUCGUCCGCCCUUCUCGAGGGUGGUCCAUCUCUACCGAAAUGGCAAGGACCAAGAUGCAGAGCAGGCACCCGAAUAUCGGGGCCGAACGGAGCUGCUGAAAGAAGCUAUUGCUGAGGGGAAGGUGACCCUCAGGAUUCGGAACGUAAGGUUCGCGGAUGAAGGAGGUUUCACCUGCUUCUUCCGAGAUCAUUCUUACCAGGAGGAGGAAGCGAUGGAACUGAAAGUGGAAGACCCCUUCUACUGGAUCAACCCCGGGGUGCUGGUUCUCAUCGCUGUCCUGCCUGUGCUCCUCCUUCAGGUCACGGUGGGCCUUGUCUUCCUCUGCCUGCAGCAUAGACUGAGAGGAAAACUUUGGGCAGAGAUAGAAAAUCUCCACCGGACUUUUGAUCCCCACUUUCUGAGGGUCCCCUGCUGGAAGAUAACCCUGUUUGUAAUUGUGCCAGUUCUUGGACCGCUGGUUGCCUUGAUCAUCUGCUACAACUGGCUACAUCGAAGACUAGCAGGGCAAUUUCUUGAAGAGCUGAGAAACCCCUUCUGAGUGACAUCGCAUCUUGGCAGGAGCAGAGGAGAGCCUGGCUGUCGGAGGACCAGUCCUUGGGGAUGUCACGCCCAUCACACUGCACACUCACUGGCCUCCUGCUGCGGGGACAUUCAAUCUG